AUGCGUUUCGCUAUUCUGGCGACUUCUUUAGUCGCUCUUGUUUUGGCACAAGGAACAGCCACCGAUUCCAAGGAAUCCAACUAUGGAAAAUACAUCGGAGAGCAAGAUUAUGUACGUUUAUCAUAAUUCCUGAAGAUUUUUGAAAAAAAUGAAAAACAACUUUUUUAGAAACUUCCAUUCAAAACACGUAUGAGUGAGCCAUUGGCAGUUGGUCAAACCAUUCACGCCGUUGGAACAUUGACAGAGAAACCAACUCGUAUUGAUUUCAACUUCCACAAAGGACCAAGCAAAGACUCAGAUCUCCCACUUCAUUUCUCAAUCCGAUUCGGAGAAGGAUAUUUUGGAUCAGGAAAAUUGGUUUACAACACUUUUGAAAAUGGAAACUGGUCUGAAAACGAGCAAAGAAUCUCGAAUCCAUUCAAGGCUAACCAAGAAUUCGAUUUGAGAGUCAGAAUUCUCGAGGGAAAAUUCCAAGUUUUCGCUAAUCGUGUUGAUGUUGGAACUUUUGAACAACGCCUUCCACUUGCUGGAGUGAGUGACAGAUAGAAACACUAUCAAUCAUCUAAUGUUUUUUUCAUUUAGAUUGAUCACGUUUCAAUCCGUGGAGAUCUCUCAAAACUUCGUCUUUUCCAUUAUGGAGGAAGAAUCUUCCCAAAUCCAUACAUGGCUGUUUCUGCUUUGACUCCAGGAAAACGAUUGGAUAUCUCUGCUUUGCCAACAGGUAUUCGCUUUGAAGCCAACCGAAAACUAACUUGCGAAAAACAAAAAAAAGAAAACAAAAAAUUCGAAAAUUUCACGCGUGUUACACACGCAACAUCAUAAUGCACGCAAAAUUACAGACACCAAAGUGGCGCGAGUUCAAACUUUUGUUUUUAAUGAGUCUAACGUUUUCUAGGAAAACGCGUCAAUAUUAACUUGUACCGUGAAUCGAAAGAAUACGCUCUUCAAGUAUCAAUCAGAUUCAAUGAAGGAGCUAUUGUCCGCAAUGCCAUGACUAGCAAUGUCUGGGGAAAAGAAGAAAGAGAAGGAAAAAUGCCAUUGAACAAGAAGGAAGUGUAAGUUUAGAACAACGCCUAUUUGUAUUAAUUAAUACAUACAAUUAUUUUUAGGUUCGAUGUCACUAUUAUCAAUGAAGAAUUCUCCUUCCAAAUCUUCUUCAACGGAAAACGUUUCGGAACAUUCGCUCACCGCGGAUCACCAACCGAUAUCAAGACUUUGGAAAUCGACGGAGAUGUUGAUGUUCAAACCGUCACCAUCAAUGACGCCCCAGGAGUCUAA